AUGGCCUCAAAUCCUCUGGAUCAUCAGCAACAGGAUUCACAGCUUCCUCACUUUGUUUUGGCAGGAGAUGUGUCCCAGGAACCUUUGGAUCAACAUGUAGGACCAGCUCCUUGCUUAGAUCCAACUCCCUUCAGAGUUCACGACCCAGAGCUGGAAGGUAUUGCAGAUCUGCAAGCUGAAAUUCAACAGAUCACACUAGAACUUCAAACUCUGCUAGUGGCAAAAGAUAGAGGAAAGAUCCUUUCUCCCUACCACCUGACACAUAAAUGCCAGGUUCUGACCAUGAUGAACAGUCACCUAGAGGAAGUUCUGAAAAGGACAAUUUAUUUUAGGCAGGGGAUACGGUUGGUCUGUACGACACACAAAAAUUCGGUUGACUCGGACUUCCACAAAUAUGCAGGCAAAUUUUUGGUGUUGGCAGCAGCCUUCACUGAGAAAUUAGAAAGCUAUCUAAAUGCAGUAAGUCUUAUUCCUCAAAAGUAUCCAAGUAACAUGAAGAGUGCACUAGCCAAAAUUAAAUCAUUGAUGAAGAAGGGAGAAGAGCUGUCAGGAAAAAUUCAGGAAUUGAGAGAGGAUGUUGAACUCCCAGAAGAAUAA